CGCACACGUCGUACUACUAUUAUUUUACGUCGAAAAUGCCGAAGCGUAGUGCAGAGGAUAGAAUUGCACGUUAUUCACGAAAAAUUAAGAAGCUUCAAAAUGAAGAAAUUAAGCGCCGCAAACGUGUUAUUAUUUAUUCUGAUUCAUCAGAUGAUGACAAUAUGUCGGAUAUCGAAUAUAAUAAAAACGCUGACAAUAACACUGCCAAUAUCGAACCGGAGGUUCCUGAUCAGGCCGUGCCCUUGCCAGAUGACCCUCAAACCGAUGAUCAGCCUUUGUCUUCAUUAGAUCCUGAUAUACUAAUGGCAUUAGGGGAACCCGCUCAAGAGGAAGUUGCGUAUGGAGAGGACAUUCACCCAGACUUAGCCCAAAGAUGGGCUCCUCUUCUCCGUAAAGGCCUGGUUGAAAAGGAACAAAAAGAUAAAUUGUUAAAAGAAUACGCAAUUCCUAAAAAUUGUAAACUAUUUAGAGCCCCCCUUUUAAACCCAGAAAUCAAUGCUGCAGUCUCCGAAUUUGCCCGCGCGCGGGAUAAAAAGAUUGAAAAUGGUCAACAGCAACUAGGCAUAGGUCUAACAGCCAUAAAUAGGGCAAUGACGGUUUUGCUUACUUCCGAUAACAAAAUACAGGCUAUAAAAUAUUUAUCUGAUGCCUGCAGAAUCUUAUCAGACCUUCACGCAGCUGAGUCCCAGACCCGUAAAAAGUCUCUAACCCAAGGUUUAGAAAAAUCUUUCCUUAACCUCAUCCAAGACACUGAUCGCGACGAAACGUUAUUCGGCGCUGAUUUACCAGAUAAGAUUAAGGCGUCAAAAGCUAUUGAGAAACAGGGUUCUCAAAUAAAAAAACCGGAUAAUAAACUUGCACCAGGAUCGUCUACCUCUCGUCCCACUAGAUCUCAGGGAAACUCGAAAGGCCCCUCUCGCUCGGUGGCAAGCAGGGGGGGGCGCGGUACUUCCAGGAGGAAUCCUUAUACGACGAGAUCCACGUCUGCACAGAGCAACUUCAACCCAUCCAGGAUUUGGAACAAGCCUCCUCGUGCAAGCCCUCGGACAUAG